AGUCGAGUCCCGGCCUCAGGUCGCGACGGGUGUUCAGUUUACAGGCGAGCGCCGUACCGUACGGUUGGCCUGCAUGCUGUUUCGGGUUGUAUAUUCCUAUGAUAGUUAUUGGAGGCGGUGAAAACUUUGCAACCUCCAUAGUUCCAUACGGUGAACGACAACGUGUUAAUUUCGAAGGAAAGUAUCGAACGAUAAUAACGAUAUUCCUUGUAGUGAAUAAAACUGUCGAAUCAUACUGUAUAAAUGGCUUACACUUCGUUAAUCGCGUGUGACCACAUCGUACUUUCCAAAUAUUCCUAACCAGUAAACCUCGUCAGUAAAAUAAUAUAACCGUGACAACAUAUACAAAACUAUCGUGUCUGGAUGUACUUACCAAGGGAGGUUUUGCUUCGAAACGUACACGCAUACGCGGCAUAAACAAACAAAGACCGGAGGUCUCCUUGAAACAGUAGCAGAGAACCAGUCGACGAUUUCAUAGUGUAAACUGCGGGACGAACGUUCGCGGUGUUCUUGUUAGUUAUCGUAGCUGCCGCAGUUGUCGUUGAUCGUCGCAUCGGGUAUAAACGGUGAAAAACUUGGACCACACUCGAAGGACUCUAAACCGUGAUUCAGUGAGUGAGAGUGACGGAAGUGUGUAAACAGGGCGAAAAGUGGAAAAAGGAAGAAGUUAUCUUUUUACCCUACCUUUUUUUUAACGGCCAAGAUAGUUCGCUAAGAUUUUUUUUGCCACUUGUACUUCUUCAGCCGAGGAGCUCACCGACUAUUAAAACUGGCAGCAACUUCAAGGCACUUCAUUCGCCGAGUGAUGUUCUGAGGCGCAUCGGUUGUAAAAGAUGAAGGCCGUAAUCGCUACGUGUCUCCUCCUCUUCGUCAACGGCGUCCUCUCCGUCGAGUGGAAACACAGUGCCGUCCUGGACAAUAACUUCUUAGUUCUUUGGACGCCUGGCGAAAGAGAUGUGAUGUUCGAGAUUCAAGUGAAGACUCUCGGCUACGUGGGUCUGGGUUUCACGAGGGAUGACGGCAGCGUUGGAGCUGACAUGGUCAUUGGAUGGGUAGACAACAACGGACAGCUCCAUCUUCAGGAUCGACACGUGAAGAAUUCUAGCAAGGAUCCGCAGAUGGACUCCAGCCAAGACUAUUCUCUGCUACUAGGUUACGAGAACAAGACGCACACAGUUCUUCGUUUCAGCAGACGAUACGAUACGUGCGACCCGCGGGACCUCAAGAUCACGAACGACACGAUGCAAGUGGUUUGGCAAUAUCAUGUGGAGGAACCGGUGUCUGCUGCUGGAGUUUUGCCGGAUCACGACGCCAUCCGAGGAUCGAGGCCGCUUUAUCUGGUGCAAAGGGACGCGCAACCGAAGCCAACCUCGCGCAACCAAGAAGCCGAGCCGCAGCUUCAAACGUGGGACAUAUUGAACCAGCAGGUUCGUUUACCCAAGGGACAAGACACGCUGCUUUGGUGUCGCGUUCUAAGGAUGCCAAACAUUGAUCACAAACACCACGUCGUGAAAUACGAGCCGGUGAUACAACCCGGAAGUCACGAUUACCUGCAUCACAUGACUUUGUACGAGUGUCGUAGAGAUCAGGCGCUAUUGGAGUCCGCCGCGAAGACGUCCGGCAGUGUUUGCUACGAGCCCAAUCAGCCGUCUCUUGAGUGUAACACAAUCGCGGCUAUCUGGAGCCUUGGUUCUGAGGGCUUCAAUUAUCCACCGGAGGCCGGUUAUGCGCUCGAUCCGCACAUAGGGCCGCGCUACUACAUGCUAGAAACACACUAUACGAACCCACAGAUGGAUGCAUUCAUCAGCGACAGCUCUGGCCUGCGUUUGCAUUACACGGACAAGCUGCGCACUCACGAUGCCGGCAUUCUAAGCGUCGGCAUCGACCCGAACUGGAGGCAUAUCAUACCACCCGGCCAGCCAGACGUUAUCUCCGAAGGUCAUUGCAUCUCGGAUUGUACCGGACACACCAUACCCAACAGCGGCAUCAACAUAUUCGCUGUCAUUAUGCAUACUCAUCAGCUGGGCAGGAAGGUCCGAUUGCGUCAGAUAAGGUCUGGCGAGGAGCUGCCACCCAUUGCGUCUGACACCAAUUACGAUCCUAGCUAUCAGGAGUAUCGGAAGCUGCAGAAGCCCGUCAGGGUCUAUCCGGGUGAUCAUUUAAUAGCCGAAUGUACAUAUUCAUCUAAAUCCAGACAAGCAAUCACGCUAGGUGGAUUGUCGACGAGGGAAGAAACUUGUUUGGUAUCCACGCUUUAUUAUCCUCGCAUCGAGCUGUCGCUUUGCUACUCUCUGCCUUCAUUGCCGACGGUUCUGCAGAGUUUGGGAAUCCAAAAGCUGAUGCAGGGUUCUAGCCCGGUAAAGAUUCAAGAACCGCAAAAGUUGUCCGGCAUGACAUUGGAGGAACGUUUGCUUAGCUACGACUGGGAGACCAGUUUUCAAAGUUUCCGAGAAGCUACUCGAGGAGGCACCUUCAAACCCCUCUGCUGGACGAACAAGGGUGUGCUGCCGGGCACGGAGAACUUGGAAGUCCACUAUCCUAGGAUUUUGAGGCCGUACGAGGAGGUUAACUUGCCUUGCUCGAAGAAACCUCUAAGAAACAAGUUGUCGAUGUUGCUCAGCGAAGACGAAGAUAUCGGUGCUCCCGUGGAUCCUGACAGUGACGAGACAAACGCCGUCGAACGUGGACAAUUGGUGCGCAGCAAAGUGUCCCGCAGCAGUGACGGACCAACUGGCGGAAGUUCCUCGACUAGAUCGGUACCACCGAUGGUCUUAAUAUUGACCAUUUUGGUGGCUGUAAUUGGCGGUACGUUCAGGUGAACACUGGUUGGUCGUCUGCACGCUGAUCGACCGAUCGAUCGAUUUCGUUUAUCUAGGACGGCCGUUUUAUCUUCUUGUUGAUCGCGCUGGAUCGGGGAGGAGAUGCAUAUGUAAGUACGUACCGGUGUGUAUCCUCUGACGCGUCACUUAAACUAAACAACUAUAUUCAUCGUUGAUUGGUCGUUGAAUGAGGACGGCGGUAGAUACCGGGGUUCCCUUUCGCGUUCGUUUCCACGUCUAUCCGGUUUGUCCUACUACCGAACGAUCGCAAUUUUUCUUACGGAGACGAUUCGUUUUACGAAACACAUCGAGGAAGAGUUGAUCGAUGGAUCAGCUGGAUGGAUUACCUCGAUCGACGUG